AUGAACCCUCUUCCCUUUCGAUCGAAUGUUCCAAAUAGCUAUGACUUGCCUCCCGUGCAGUCGGUGACGUCGGGCGCUUUCCCGGCUCCCGGUGCGAUGCUUUCCGCCCCGCCAAGUAGACCCGACAGCGGGAUGCGCAUGUCACAUUUAUUGCAACCUGUGUCCCAUACAGGUCAACAACCAAUGCCUCAGGGACUGCCUGCAGGUCCAUCGACUUCACCCUAUGACCGUUAUUAUGACUCGGCAUCGGGAUCGCCUGCUGAAAACACCGGCAUGCGCGACACCGCUCAUAUGGCUCCGGGGACCCCGGGACUGUACCAGACAAGCCCGAUCGGACAUGCUCUCGUUCAAAGUCAGUUACAGCAGAAGCGCGCGUAUCGACAGCGCAGGAAGGAUCCAAGUUGUGACGCUUGUCGGGAGCGGAAGGUGAAAUGCGAUGCGUCAGAAUCGAGCAGCUGCACGGAAUGCAAUAAUCGACGCGUUCGUUGUCAGUUCACCAAGGAAACCAAUCGUCGCAUGUCUUCUAUCAAGCAGGUACAGGAUAUGGAGAAACAGAUUGAUUAUCUCAAGGAUGAGUUGAUGAAAGCUAGAGCUGCGAGACUUCGUCCUGAUCAUAUGGAUGUGGAUGAUGCGCAGCCGUCGGUCAAGUUACCGGAGAUUGAUUACAAGCCCGCGCGACGACCGAAGAUCUCUAUCAACGAGGACCUAUCGGCCGUGCGCAGGAACUUGCGCCAACAUGGUCGGGGGAUGUUGAAAAUCCCGACACCUUACCAGCAACAAGGCGCCAAAUCCCUUGUCUCGGGUGAUGCGCCCGCUCUGCCUCCGAAGGACGUUGCGGAUAAUCUCAUGGCGCAGUAUUUUAACUGUGUCCACUCGGUCCUGCCGGUCCUCCACUGGCCUUCGUUCACCGCCGAGUAUGACCAGGUCUAUCAAAAAGGCUCCCUCGCUGGUGUCUCGAGUGAAUGGGCUGCGGUCUUAUUUGGCGUUUUCGCGUGUGGUGCUGUUCAUACAGUGGACCCAAACCGUGAAGAGCAGGGUAAAGGAUUUGUUCGUAUUUCUAGCGGGAUUAUCGAUGUAUGGGAAGACAGCUUCAGCCUGGACCGGGCACGUGCAGCUUUACUUUGCAGCAUCUUUCUCUACGAGGUCAACUCCAAGUCUGCGAGCUGGGUUUGGAUUGGAUCAGCGAUACGUGUAGCUCAAGAGAUUGGCCUGCACAUCGAAUCUGGGCCUUGGCCCGCCCUCGAAGGAGAAAUGCGCAAGCGCCUUUGGUGGGGGUUAUACACUUGGGAUCGGUUACUUGCUCUUGAGAUGGGUAAGCCAGUGGGAAUCAAUGACCAAGACUGCGACAUUGACCUCCCUUGCCCGUUCGACGACCAAUAUAUUACAGAUGGGGGCAACUACCCAGAAAGCCCCCAAACAACCCCCAUGCUAGCAACAAUCCACGUGGUCCGCUCAAUCGGCCAACUUACUCGCACCCUCAGAUCUACCAGUAUCAGCCGCGCAACUCUGGACACAUUCGACAGACACUUCAACACCUGUCUCGCAACCUUCCCGCCACAUCUCCACCCAAAGACAGACAUGGACCUCGAUCCCCGCUCCCUAGCUCCAAUUAUCUAUCUCCAGAACGCCCGCCUCCUUCUCCACCGGCACAACAUCACACCCUACUGUCAAGAACUUGACCGCUCAACCGCCAUGGACUACUGCGUUACAACCGCGCUCGACACCGUCAUCAUCCUCUCCCGCUGCAUGCGCACAAACUCCCCAACAGACUGGCGCGUCCUCUUCGCUUCAUCCGCAGGCACCCUCCUCUGCACUCACAUCUGGCGCUGCACACUCUUCCUCCUCUUCCGUCAAGAAUUCGCCGCAGCACUCAUAUGCAUCCAAGCCAGCGCAGCAAUCGGCAACGGCCGCGCCACAAACGUCGCCUGCGGUCGAUACCUCGUAUUCUUCCUCCGCGUCUUAAUCGACCGCUUUAGAAAAGAUAUGGGAACCCUGGACCAAGACGAAGAAAUGAUGGCUUACGCAUCGGGUGAUAUGCAAGGGACCACCGACGGAAGCUGGGUCUGGCAGGGUAGCGAGACGGGCUCACAUCUCGAAGCUGCGUCUGCGCGUAAAUCGAUACCCCCAGAAGAAACGUGGGAAACACCUGAGAAUACGUGGGCGUGGAUCGAGAGCACGGUCCAUGAGUUUAUCCUGGAGAAGCAGAGAAGAGAUCAGGCUUUGUCAAGGGAGGUCCAGACUCCACAGCAGGAAUCGGUUACUAUGCUUAAUCCCGAGGCUGCUUCGGAUACGGAUGGCCGGUCCAGUUCUGCUCAUUCGCGUAUGGAUAUUGCGAGUCUGAUCUGA